ACUACUUGGCUGUUGACACAACACAUUUCACAUGUGACUUAGUUAUUUCACCUCGGUAUUAUCUCUGGAUUUUCGGUCACGGUUUUUGAUUUUCAUUACUAAUGUACUGUUUCGCCCCUGUUUUGUCUAUCACAUAGCUCAAAUCCCAAACUUAGUGUUCAUUCAUCGUAGUAGGCAUCUACAGGUUAUUAUUAAUUAAAAAGAAGUAUGGCUACCAAAAAUGUAMAACACUUGAAAAAGCGGAAACGACCUGCACCACCUGUGAAUUCGGAAGACAAUGACGAAAAUUAUAAUGAUGCAAUUCAAAUCAGAGUGGGAUCUAAUUAUCAGGCUGACAUCCCAGAGCUUUUGUCACAGCCAGAAAACAAGCAUAAACAGCGUCCAAAAUCACUGUUAGUUUGGUUUCCGCCCAAAAAUAUUUCAGAAAUUCAAUUAAAUGAUUACAUAUUGUUUUCAAAAAAUAAAUAUGGUUAUGACACUGAACAGUGUUUAGGCUUAUUGUACUGGAAUAAACACAAUUUGAAAAAAUCUAUUCGUGAUUUAUCCAUGUUUUCACCCCAAUCAGAUUGGUCCAUUCUUGAUAAGUCUAACUUUGAAUCUGCCUUUAACAAGGUUGGGAAGAAUUUUGCACAAAUUACAAAAAUGCUUCCUGACAAGUCAUUAAAAUCAAUAAUCUGUUAUUAUUAUUUAUGGAAAAAAAAAAAAACUGAGCUGUUGAGUGUUAAACCAACAAAGAAAUCGGAAAAUUUUUGUGCUGACAAGAUUCAAAAUGGCAGUAGUUAUAAGCCUAGUUCAGCAAAAUCAAAGCCUGAUAAUUUGGACUAAUGAAGGUAUUAGACCAAUACUAUGCUACAACUUCCAAACCAUUUCCAUUUWAAUUUUUUUGUGAUAGUAUUCACCACUACAAGACAAGUAUGUUAAUAAUAUUAUGAUAAUCUUCAAUCUAUUGCAUUUGGAUCAAAUAGCCUAGGAGGAACUAUCUUAUCAGCAAUGGAUGAUGAGGUUGGGUYAUUAACAUUGAUGAUAAAAGCCAUUGUAAAAUGAAUAAGAAGUAUGAUCAAUGCUGAAUAUGUUUUCAUCGCAUCUUGUGUAUGUACAUUCAGCUUCCUGAAGAUUGUCAGGGUAGUGAGUGAUAUCACUUGACAUUUUGUUUAUUGACUAUAGUGCCCCCUUCCAAAUCAUGUACACUAUUAUCUGACGAUCAUACUUCUUAUUAAUUUUACUUUACUAUUAUUAAAAUUUUGUGUUAAAUAAGUAUUUGAGAACCUUUUUAUUGUUAUUUUUAAUGCCAGAUACAGUCCAACAACUAAACUAUUGGACAUAUGCAUUAGAAGAUUAAACUAUAUGAUACUGUAUAUAGAAACAAUGAAUCCAAUAUGAGUUACAUUAUUCCAUUUUCAAGUUUUGCAUAAUGUCCAAAAUAAAAUUAAGGGAACAUUUUAACAAUACAAUUCAUUACUAACUUACAAAGAAGUACAUAUAACAUUUAUGUGAUUUAAUGUUUCAUUAUUUUUUAAAUUGUCCAUUAUUUUAAUUGU